GCAGUUGCUGCCGACAUGCCCCUGCUGCUGCAAUAUUCCCCGCAUUAUGGUGGGGGCGUUGCCUCCUUAUGACAUGAAUGGCAAGAACUAUCAGAUAUGAGGUGGGCAUAUCUCUGCAGCCUCGUUGAGCUUCAUCUCUCUAUCCUUCACGUCUCUUUGCAGCUCUAGCAGUCAUGGUUUACACAGCGUCCUUUGCCUUUUUCGAGGCCUUGUGGGAGGCAGGAAUCACGUAUGUCUUUGUGAACCUUGGAUCCGACCAUCCCAGUAUCAUAGAGGCGAUUGUGAAAGGCCAGAAUGAGAAGAAGGGCCAAUUCCCCAAGAUCAUCACGUGCCCGAAUGAGAUGGUUGCCCUUUCAAUGGCCGAUGGAUAUGCUCGGUUGACUGGCAAACCUCAGUGCGUAAUCGUUCACGUCGACGUUGGAACACAAGGACUCGGAGCUGCCGUACACAAUGCCUCUUGUGGCCGGGCACCUGUCCUCAUCUUUGCUGGCCUGUCUCCAUACACGAUUGAAGGCGAAAUGCGCGGGAGCCGGACUGAGUACAUACACUGGAUUCAAGAUGUCCCUGACCAGAAACAAAUUGUAGCUCAGUAUUGCAGAUACACCGGCGAAAUCAAGACAGGAAAAAACGUCAAGCAAUUGGUCAAUCGCGCACUGUCGUUCGCCAUGAGUGAUCCGAAAGGCCCAGUAUACCUGUAUGGAGCACGCGAGGCCAUGGAAGAGGACCUCACGCCAUACAACUUGCAGAUGGAGUACUGGAAUCCGGUCGAACCCGCGGCGCUACCUCCGAGUGGUAUCAAGGCCAUUGCAGAGGCUUUGGCACAUGCGCAAGAGCCACUCGUGAUUGCAGGAUACUCAGGGCGCAACCACGCGGCUGUACAGGAGCUGGUACAGCUGGCAGAUAACGUCAAGGGUUUGCGAGUCCUGGAUACCGGAGGUAGCGACAUGUGUUUUCCUGCAAAUCAUCCCGCAUGGCUUGGUUGCCGAUACGGUAUCGAGCCUAGGAUCAAGACUGCUGAUGUCAUCUUGGUCUUGGACUGCGACGUUCCUUGGAUCAAUACUCAAUGCCACCCGAACGAGACGGCGAAGGUCUUUCACGUUGACGUCGACCCGUUGAAGCAGCAGAUGCCGGUUUUCUACUUGAAUGCUGUGCAGCGCUAUCGGGCAGAUGCUUAUACCUCACUCACCCAAUUGAACGCUUAUCUCGACACUAACCUUAAGGAGAAACUGUCUAGUCAACUCUUUACAGAUCGUUGGUCAGCAUUGCAAGAUUUCCACAAGGAGAAACUUGAGGCUAUUGCUAGCGACAUCAAGGUCGACGACAAAGGCCACUACAACUCUUCCUACCUUUGCUCACAGCUUAAGAAGCUCUGUCCAAAUGAUACUAUUUGGGCAAUCGAAGCGGUUACUAACACCCCAUUCGUUGCAGACCAAUUACAGGUCACUCUCCCAGGCUCUUGGUUGAACUGCGGAGGCGGCGGUCUCGGCUGGAGUGGUGGAGGCGCUCUCGGUAUCAAGCUUGCAACAGACGCCUCAGGUAAAAAACAGUUUGUAUGCCAGAUCGUCGGCGAUGGCACAUAUCUCUUCUCGGUCCCUGGCUCCGUUUACUGGAUCUCUCAGCGAUACAAGAUCCCCAUCUUGACCAUUGUCCUCAACAACAAGGGCUGGAACGCACCGCGGAAGUCUAUGUUGUUGGUGCAUCCUGAUGGCGAGGGCUCGAAGGUAAGCAACGAGGAGUUGAAUAUCAGUUUCGCACCAACACCAGACUACUCGGGCAUUGCGAAGGCAGCAUCGGGCGGAGAGGUCUGGGCAGCGCAUGCGAGCACGGUAGACGAACUGAGUAAGCUAUUGCCAGAGGCCAUCAAACAUGUGCUUGAUGGGAAAUCGGCAGUGUUGGAUGCGCAUCUUGAGGGACCAGAAGGAAAAUACGCCGGCGGAAAGGCAGCUAUAGGAUGAAUGUAUGCGGCAAGCGCAUGCUGGGCGGCACUGUAACUAUAAAUUUAAUCAAUUGGUGUUGCUAAACAUCACUCCUAAUAGCAACGAUUAAAAGGUCUUGUAAACAC